AUGAGUUUGGAUUCGAUCUCCGCAUCGAGGACGGGGACGACUUUUCCUUCGAUGGAUGGAGCGACGACAAAAACUGGUCAAGGAGGAGGAGUUUUAGAAGCAAGAACGAGCCGAAUAUCCUUCGACGACGUGGAAAAGAAUAAAGGCGGGGACGAAUACGUACGAAGAAAAGUCUUCGCCGCGGGGGAAGUGAUGCGACUGCAAACGACUUUGGAGGAAGAUGGAAUCGAAUCCUCUGCUGACGAGGAGGAGGAGGAGGAGGAAGACGAAGACGAAGAAUUCUGCGUGGUUCGAAAAAGGGACAUCGUGUCGUGCGAGUUAGUCGUUGGCAGCAGAAUAAAGAAGAAGAAUAAGACGGAGACGAAAACAACACGUCAACAUCGAAUCGUAAUCACCUCGUUUCCGAGAAAGAAGAGGUUGAUUGACUACGCGGUGUUGCCUCGAUUUUUGUCCUCCUCCGCGAGCGCUUUUACUUCGAGAAACGCGGGAGAUGAUUUUAGCGCCGCCGCGGCGAAAGGGAACAGUGGGAAACGGUUUGGACACAAGAAGAACGUUCACGUGGUCAAAUACAAGUCUUUGGACGAAGCGUUAGAGGACGUGAAACGAAUAGAGGAGGAGUGCGGGUUGGAACAUCAGCGAAUGAACAAGAGAGGGCGAUUUUUGGUGUUUAUAAAUCCAGCCGCGGGAAGAGGGAAGGCGGAAGAAGUGUUCAAAAAACACGUGGAGCCGGUGUUAAAGUGCGCGAGAAACUGCGUGGUGGAGGCAAUCGUGACGACGAGGAGUGGAGAGACGGAAGAGAGAACGUACGAGAGAAGUAAAGAGUCCUUGUUGUUAACGAGAGGUCGAGGAUACGAGAGUAAUACUACUACUCACAACGAAGAUGCCCGAGUUCUCGGUAUUAUCGCCAUCGGAGGUGAUGGUACCAUUGCCGAAGCGUACGCAGGCGUGGAGAGAGCGCAAAAAGAGCUCGGGACGCACGAAAGUAUUCCAAUCGGUGCCAUUCCCGCCGGUUCCGGGAACGCCAUUUGCGUUUCUCUAGCGGAACAGAGCGAAGAAGUGAACGAUGCGACAACGAUGGCGUUGCUCAUCGCUAAAGGCCAAACGAUUCGAUUGGAUGGAGCGAGACUGGCAAUUUAUCGCAACGACGAGAACGGCAGUAACGAUACGACGAACGAUACGACAAAAAGCACCAGCAGCAAGAGGAGGUUAAGUUUGGACAGGAGAAACGGCAGUAAGAAGAACGGCAGCAACACGAACAACAAUAAUAUUAGUAACAACAGAAUAGCGGUGUAUCAAAACACGGCUUUACUGAGCGUAUCGUGGGGGUUUUUCGCGGAUGUUGAUUUGGAAUCCGAACGCUUUCGUUGUUUGGGAGGAACGCGCUUCAUCGUCCAAGCGAUUGCCAGACUCAUCAACCUGAGAACGUACAAGAUGGAUUUAACGUACAGAGUUUCACAAGAGACCAAGUCUGUCUGCGAACGACUGGGAAAAUCACUCCUCGGUCGUAAAGAAGGCGAAUUCAGAACGAUUAAAGACGAAAAUAUCCUAGGCAUAUGGGCUAUGAACCUCCCUUGGGGCAGCGGCGACACGAAAUCCGCGCCGCUCGCUUCGCCUUCCGAUGGAUUCUUCGACAUCAUCAUCGUCCACCCGACGAGCAAACUAAACUUGCUCAAAUUACUCCUCGACUUUGACACGAAAGGAUCGCACGCAAAGAACGACGCCGUCACGUACUUAAAAACGAGCGAAUUCGAGCUCACGUUACUCGGUCGAUCCGAUUUAACCGAAGGUGUGAGCGGUUCUACCAACGCCUCCCGAUCAAACGCCGCCAACCCGCUCGGAUGCGUCGACGGAGGAGAAGAUCCGGAUGCGCCAUCUGCACCUCCCGACUUAUACGAAGGUGGCCGCGUUAUGAUUGACGGCGAAGUCGUUCCAGACGUCUGCUCUCGCGAAGAAACGUUCACGGUAAAAGGCAGCGUCGAGAGAGGUUUAGCGAACGUCUUCUCCUUCGCGCCUUCUUCGUCUUCUCCUCAAACGUAUUCUUCUUCUUCUUUCCACGUCGUCGCCGCCGCAGCGGCUGGCGGAAGCAUAGCUUGA